CGGCGACGGCCGUGCGUCUCCAGACUCGACCGGGAGGCGCCAACCGACGGCCCGAGGGGCGGUGCGGAGGGGUGUGGGGCUGGGGACCGCGACGCUCGGCCGGCCAGUCGCUGGUUGUCAGGACAGUCGCCGCCGGAGUAGGGCGAGGCUGCGUCUCUCGGUCUGGGACGUCCGGGGCCGCGUAAAGAUGAGAGCACAGAGGACGCAGGGCCGCUGGAAGCGCAGGUAACGGAGCCGGGGUUCGGUGGGGCCGCGACAGGCUUCUUCCCGGACCAGUGCUGGAUGGAGAGGACCGAGGCGACGCCGUGCCGCGGCUCCUAGCGGCGGGGCCGGUGCCCGAGCUGCAGCUGCCAGGCGAGGAUGUGUGGAGCCCGGGCGGCGCGGGGGAGCUGAGAGCCUUCGGGCCCCAGGACCCCCGGGGCCCGGGAUGAGUUAGCGAGGACAGCCGUGGGGGCCAGUUCCGACUGCUGCAGGCCACGGCCGCCGCCCGCCCGCCCCUUCCGCGCCGGAGCCGCUAGCUCCUUUCCGCGCCCGUCCGCCUGCCUGCGCUCCCGGCGCCGGAGACCAUGAGGUUCCGCAUCUACAAGCGGAAGGUGCUGAUCUUGACGCUUGUGGUGGCCGCUUGCGGCUUCGUCCUCUGGAGCAGCAAUGGGCGACAGAGGAAGAACGAGGCCCUCGCCCCGCCGCUGCUGGACGCCGAGUCUGUGCGGGGUGCAGGCGCCCGGGCCGGGGACCAUCCCGCCGUGUCCGUGGGCAUCCGCCGGGGCUCCAACGAGUCGGCGGCUCCGCUAGUCGCGGCGGCCCCGCACCCCGAGGUGGACAACCUGACGCUGCGGUACCGGUCCUUGGUGUACCAGCUGAACUUUGACCAGACGGUGAGGAAUGUAGGUAAGGCCGGCUCCUGGGCCCCCCGAGAGCUGGUGCUGGUUGUCCAGGUGCAUAACCGGCCUGAAUACCUCAAACUGCUGCUGGACUCACUUCGAAAAGCCCAGGGAAUCGACAACGUCUUCGCCAUCUUUAGCCAUGACUUCUGGUCGACCGAGAUUAAUCAGCUGAUUGCUGGGGUGGAUUUCUGUCCAGUUCUGCAGGUGUUCUUUCCUUUUAGUAUUCAGUUGUACCCCAACGAGUUUCCGGGCACUGACCCCAGAGAUUGCCCCAGAGACGUGGAGAAGAAUGCAGCUUUGCAGAUGGGAUGCAUUAAUGCUGAAUAUCCCGACUCCUUCGGCCAUUAUAGAGAGGCCAAAUUCUCCCAAACCAAACACCACUGGUGGUGGAAGCUGCAUUUUGUAUGGGAGAGGGUCAAAGUCCUUCGAGACCAUGCUGGCCUCAUACUUUUCCUAGAAGAGGAUCACUACUUAGCCCCAGACUUUUACCAUGUCUUCAAAAAGAUGUGGCAGUUAAAGCAGCAAGAGUGUCCUGAGUGUGAUGUUCUCUCCCUGGGGACCUAUACUGCCAUUCGCAGUUUCUAUGGCGUUGCUGACAAGGUAGAUGUGAAAACGUGGAAAUCCACAGAGCACAAUAUGGGUCUGGCCUUGACUCGGGAUGCGUAUCAGAAGCUGAUUGAGUGCACAGAUACUUUCUGUACUUACGAUGAUUAUAACUGGGACUGGACCCUUCAGUAUUUGACUGUAUCUUGUCUUCCAAAAUUCUGGAAAGUGCUGGUUCCUCAAGUUCCUAGGAUUUUUCAUGCUGGAGACUGUGGUAUGCACCACCAAAAAACCUGUAGACCAUCCACCCAGAGUGCCCAAAUUGAGUCACUCUUAAAUAAUAACAAACAGUACCUGUUUCCAGAAACUCUAACUAUCAGUGAGAAGUUUAUGGCAGCCCUUUCCCCACCUAGGAAAAAUGGAGGGUGGGGAGAUAUUAGGGACCAUGAACUCUGUAAAAGUUAUAGAAGACUGCAGUAAAAA